AUGCUAGUUGGUAGUUACAUUUCUGGUUCUUUACCUUUAACAACAAAAUUAUCUGAUAGAAAGAUUCGUUUCUUAAAUGCACUAGGCGCUGGUUUGCUUAUUGGCACUAGCUUAAUAGUUGUGAUACCUGAAGGUGUUGAAACUAUUUAUGGAAAGAAACGUGCACCUUCUGAGCAGCAACAAGAAGAGGAAGAAAAGGAAAAAAGUCAUAUAGCAAUUGGAUUGUCUUUAUUACUAGGAUUUGCAUUGAUGUUUAUUAUUGAUCAGACAAGUUCUCUUCAUAUGCCUUCAUCUACAGGUGGUAAUUCAACUGCAGAAUAUUCAGAAUUAAAUACACUAGGUAGCAAUUCAUUUGAUCCCGAUGAAGGAGAUGUUUCAAACAGAAAUAACAAUGUUAGCCAUCAUACAUCAAUGACACCUACUGUUGGAUUGAUAGUUCAUGCUGCAGCUGAUGGUAUUGCGUUAGGUGCAAGUGCAAAUCAUCCAGAAUUAUCUUUAGUCGUCUUUCUUGCUAUUAUGCUUCAUAAAGCGCCUGCGUCGUUUGCACUUACAUCUGUUCUUUUAGCAAGUGGAUUAGCGCAUAAUACUAUUCGUAAACAUUUAUUAGGAUUCGCUUUAGCGGCACCAUUAGGUGCUCUUUUGACUCAUUUUGCAUUAUAUUUCUUUUCUUCAUCAACAAGCAAUAAUCUUGAAUAUUGGACCGGCGUACUUUUGGUUUUUUCUGGAGGAACUUUCCUCUAUGUUGCAAUGCAUGCAUUGCAAGAAGUAUCUCAUGAUAAUCAUUCAAAAGACAAAACACAAAUGUUUAUUAUUUUAAUAGGCAUGGCUAUUCCAACUUUACUUAGUUUGUCACAUUCUCAUUAA